AUGGAGUCCUCUGGUCCUAGAAAACGGCUUCAAACAGCUUCCCUCUACGGCGGAAUUUACGACUAUGCGUAUUAUUUCGUCUCUGUAUUGGUCGGGACACCACCGCAACGGCAGUCCGUUAUAGUUGACAGCGGAAGCUCACUGCUGGGAUUUCCUUGCCGCAACUGCGUAGAAUGUGGAAAUCAUAUGGAUGGAGGUUUUGAUUUUACUCAAUCGAAGACAGCUCAUUGGUUAUCGUGUCGGUCUCCCCAAUGCAUUACAGGGCGCUGUGGAUUAGGAGAUGUCUGUCCCUAUCAACAGAGUUAUAGUGAAGGUUCCUCCAUAGAAGGCAAUUAUUUCAGUGAUAUGGUGGCUCUUGGAGAACAAAGAUCGAACAAUAGUUUUGUUAGAUUUGACCAUAUCGGAUGUCAUCACAAAGAAACCAAUUUGUUUGUUAGUCAGAAAGCAAGCGGCAUUCUUGGUGUUUCGUAUCCGAAGCAUGGAAAACAGGAAACGCUAAUCGAUGCACUUUUCAAGUCACCUGACGUCGACACGAAGAUCUUCUCAAUCUGUGCCGCUGAAGAAGGCGGUUUGAUGACAAUUGGUGGAUUCAAUUCCACUCUUCAUAUUCCUAGCAGAACACAAGGAUCGGCAACGUUGCGGCUUUUGGGACUGUCCCAAUCGCUGCGAUUCGAUAUGAAGCUUCGAGAGGAGGUUUUAGCAGAUAGAGCAAGUGAUGACGUUGCGGAACCAAUGAGCAGACUGAACGUCUUGUUGGAAGAACAUCGAGAGAGACGUCGACGUUUACAGGAGCAGCAGAACAACACUUUGGGACAGCCCCCGUCGUUUUUGAAACCCCCCGUGAGCGUCGCGUGGACUCCGAUUACGUCAAGUGCGACAUACCAAAUCGAGGUCAACGAGGUUUUUGCAGUAGAAGAAAGUGGUCGAGUUGACGAUGAAGGUGUUCAAAUUGCCACAAGUGCAGAUUUGGGACAUUGUAUCGUUGAUUCUGUUAUGUUUUUCAUGAUUUUCAGGGGUGGGGCGGUAGUCGAGUGGAAAGCCCAUUCUUAUUUACACAGACGCGCUAAAACUAAAGUUUGGUGUGUCGCUGUGGAUGAUAAUGGUCGAGAAUCCUCGAUCCUAGGAAUGUCAUUUAUGAAGCACAAUAACAUCAUUUUUGAUAGAGAAAGAGAUCUUAUUGGAUUCGUAGAGGCGAAUUGUCCGACAGUUGCGGACUCCUCAAGACCACCUCCUCCAACAUUCGCUCCAAGCUCUCCCUCAACUUUAGGUCUUCCAAUCCCAGAUUUUGUGACGGAAACUGUCUCAGUAGAGGAGAUUGAUGUCUCACCAGGCAUCGGUAGUAAUGCUAUAGUAUUUUGGGGUUCUGCAGGAAUCUUCAUGGGAGUAGGAGUUUUAGCGAUGGGUGCGAUCGCGUUUAGAACGAUGGGAAGGCGGCCUCUUGAAUAUGAACCCAUGAACGGAGAUUCUUCACGAAUUCACGAAGAGCCAGUUGCCAUACAAAUCGGAGCGCCGGGUCAUGAUGACGGCCAGCAAAGCUAUAAGGACGUUGGUAGGCAUGAUGACGCCGAGCAAGGCUACAAAGACGUUGAUUCCAAUGAAUCUCAGUACGAUGAUAUUGAGAGGGAGUUGACAGAACUCGAGGCUCGAUUAAACGGGAUUGAGCCAGGUACGCCAGCUUCUUCAGGACAGCCGACAAUUUUGAAUGUUGCACCUACUGUCCCAAUGAUGGCCGACGAACCAUUGGAAGAAAGUUGGGUGAAUCUUAACCUCGCGUCCCAGCACCGCCUUGAGCCGCAUCUCGUCAAUUGGGAACCGAGUCAAGCUGCAAAAGUCAUUCAAGAAGAUCUAUUCGAUCCAACAGCUGAUGAUGAGGAUGAAGCUUGGAUGCAAAAAACCUUCGUUUGUCAUCUACUCCAUCAUCGUUUUAGGGAAGUUCGUCCUUCAAACAUAAUUUAUCGAUCAUCGGAAGCAACAAACGUUCUUCUUCUCCCUCGAAAACCGGUUGUCGGCACACGCGCUCGUCGUCCCAUCUCGCAGGUGGAAUCAGUGGGUGACAUUGACACUUCCCGAUCAGCAAAACGUCUACGCGUCUCUGAAGCAAAGGGUGUUCCUACUCAACUCGAACCACAACCGGAGAUGUCACCUAUUGCUGACUCCACAGAAUCAUCAGCAAUUCAAUGUGCCAUGAGCAACUCGGCAGAAGCGAAGACAUAUGCAACGAGAAGACUCCAUAAUAUGACAUCUCCCGGAUAA